GCUCGUGAAGAAGCUGCUCGUGGUUCGAAUGAUAUUGCUAUACGAGCUCAGGAAAUGCAUCGGUGGGUGGCUUCGUUGGAUGUUUGUGGCUCGCAGGUGGCUGAUGUUCGUCCAGUUUCGUACUGCGAAUUCUCGCCUGAUUCCAAACAUCUCAUCACUUCCGGAUGGUAUGUCCAGUUUCUGUCAUUUUCAAUUGCAAGCGAAAAGUGUUCUAAGUUGGAUCACACUUGUUAAAGAAUGCCGGGGAUUCCUACAGAAUUUUUGA